AUGGAGGAAGAGCUUGUGUCAUUACAUUCGAACAAUACCUGGGAUUUAGCUCUGGCUCCUGCGAAUCAUCUGCUAGUAGGGUCUAAGUGGGUUUAUUCCAUCAAGUUGAAAGCUGAUGGCUCAUUGGAUCGUUAUAAAGCAAGGCUUGUGGCGCAAGUUUACAUGAGACCACCUCCAGGAUAUCAUGCAGCUCUUAAUUUGUUGUGUAAGCUCAAAAAGGCUCUUUAUGGUCUGAAGCAAGCACCCCGCGCAUGUGAUAAUAAGGAUGGCAUCCAAUAUCUCAAGGAUACAUUACAAUCUUCUUUCCACAUGAAGGACCUUGGUUUAGCUUCCUAUUUUCUUGGAUUGGAGAUUUCCAAAAAUUCUCAAGGAUAUUUUCUGAGUCAGCGGAAGUAUCCACAUGAUUUGAUCAAACUUGCUCAACUAUCUGAUGCCAAAACAGUUGCUACACCUCUUCAACUCAAUGUUAACUAUGGCCGUGACGAUGGGGAUCCCCUUCUUGACCCCAUGACUUAUCGCAGUAUUGUUGGUGGACUCGUGUAUCUCACAGUUACACGGCCUGAUAUAGCUCAUGCCGUACAUAUUGUUAGUCAGUUUGUUUCUGAUCUACGGUGUUUGCACCUCACGGCUGUUCAUCACAUUAUCCGUUACCUUCGAUCUACUUCUCAUAUGGGAUUAUCAUAUGCCACAACUUCUGCUUCGUUAUUAACUGCAUACUCGGAUGCAGACUAUGCAGGGUGUAAGGAUACAUGCAGGGUGUAA